CAAUAGAACGACAUUCAAUAACCUGAUCAUACCAUAAGACAGAACCAGAGCCUUGUGGUUCCAAGUAAUUGAGAGCGUCGGAAAGCCUCUCUCGAUAAAAAAAAAAAAAAAACAAUAGGUAGUGGUCGCAUACAAAUACACACAGUAGCUGGCUUUUUCCCCAAAGUAAACUGGUUAAUCAGAAACCAUGUCUGUCGCAGGACUGAAGAAACAAUUCCACAAAGCGACUCAGAAAGUGAGCGAGAAGGUUGGAGGCGCUGAGGGAACCAAACUCGAUGACGACUUCAAAGAAAUGGAAAAGAAAGUGGACACUACCAGCAGGGCGGUCUUAGAAAUAAUGACCAGGACAACAGAGUACCUGCAGCCCAACCCAGCCUCCAGGGCCAAGCUCAGCAUGAUCAACACCAUGUCCAAAAUUCGGGGGCAGGAGAAGGGCCCGGGGUACCCCCAGGCCGAGACCGUGCUGGGGGAGGCCAUGCAGAAGUUCGGCAAGGAGCUCGGGGAGGAGUCCUGCUUCGGUCUGGCUCUAAUCGAUGCUGGGGAAGCUAUGCGUGAGCUUGGUGAGGUGAAGGACGCACUCGACAUGGAGGUGAAGCAGAACUUCAUCGACCCCCUGCAGAAUCUGCAUGAUAAAGACCUGAAGGAGAUACAGCACCACCUUAAGAAAAUGGAAGGCCGACGCCUUGACUUCGACUACAAGAAGAAGCGGCAGGGCAAAGUGCAGGACGAGGAGAUCAAGCAAGCCCUGGAGAAGUUCGACGAAUCCAAGGAGAUCGCAGAACAGAGCAUGUUCAACCUGCUAGAGAGCGAUAUCGAGCAGGUGAGCCAGCUCUCGGCCCUGGUCCAGGCGCAGGUGGAGUACCAUCGGCAGGCUACCGAGAUCCUGCAGCAGCUCUCCAGCAAAAUGGAGGACAGAAUACGGGAGGCCUCCAGCAAGCCCAGGAGAGAGUUCGUCCCGAAGCCCCGUAUGGUGAUGGACUUCACCUCCAGCGAGAACCACAACGGAGGAAUAACUCACACUGGCACCGCCAAGUCUCCCGCCCCCAUGGACCAGCCCUGCUGCCGCGCCCUCUAUGACUUUGACCCCGAGAACGAGGGCGAGCUGGGCUUCAAGGAGGGCGAUGUCAUCACCCUGACCAAUCAGAUCGACGACAACUGGUACGAGGGCAUGCUGCACGGCCAAUCGGGCUUCUUCCCCAUCAACUACGUGGAUAUCCUGGUGCCCCUGCCCCAUUAACUGCCCCCAUCAUACCCCAGGGGGCAGUUCGGGCCCACACAUCGGCUUCUCCCCGCAUCUGUGCUACUGCUUCCUCAAAGUUUCCAUUCAUAGCCACAAAGACGACGCAGACAAUGAUGACAAACCGGGACAGGCCUGCGCCUGCAACGCGACAGCGGUAACCGCUCCUCUUAUUUGUACCCUAAAACGUUACCGUAAGAUCAGUGUAAGAUCUCGUUGACUUAUAUGAGAAGUUAUUUACCUUUUAUUUUUUCACAGAUGUAUUUUUUUCUCAGAAGCUGACAAGAAUACAAUGUGCGUCCCCGUCCUAUUUCACUUUUAAAGUGUCAAGUCAGUUGGAUCUUGUUCGAUGUAGAAAUAGAUAUAGCGCAUUGUACUCUGUUAACAAAAAAAAAACAAAAAAAGUUUUGUGCUCUGAAAUGGGGUGUUUUGGGGUAUUGGAAAAUUGAAAGAGUUUUGUGAGGCAUGUACUAUUUAUUUUUGACUGGCAAGUUUCUUAGCUUAUAUGCAAUUCAGAGUGAACAAGGACAGAAAUGGAAACAAAUAGUUUUAUCCUUGUGUGGUGUCUUCUUGCAUGCUGGGACAAAUCAAAGUUGAGGACUGCCCCCUGUGAACUUGUGAAAUUCUAUCUGCUAAGAAACUGUGGUAUGUGAAUAUAGACCGUCUUUUUCAUAUUUAUAUUUAUUGGCCACAGUCGGUGAAAGGCUGUAUUUCUUCACCGUAUUCAGAACUAUUGGUACCCCCCCGUUCCAGGAAGUACCCCAGCAAACAGCAGGUAUUUUCCUCUGUCCAGACUGAUGCAUGGUGGAGAAUGGAAAUGUCCAUUCCAUGAUGUGCUAUGACUCCAACGAUAGUCACGUGAGUGAAGCUUUCCACAACAUGACUGCAUGGUCCUCACCUGUGCGACUUUUUCACCUGAUAUUCGGACUGCAAUAAACGUUGUUCCACUGCCUGCAUAGUUUUUCCUGAGGGAACCAUGGGAGGUUUCCUGGCUUACUCCUCAGCUGGCUCGAUUGGUCCGUUCUACUUUACACAUUUGCAGUACCUGCAGAUCAGCUCGUAGAAGCACCUAGAACAGAACUGUGUUGUGUAGCUAAAACUAGUUAGCCGACUAGAAACCAAAUAAAAAGUAUUUCAAAAAGUUCUGGAGCCUAGCUGUGAAAGAAAUUAGCUAUUCGAUGAGCUUAAUUACAGUACAGAUCUCUGUGGCUUUAAAUUGGAUUAAAAUAUGCAACCAGGUAGCUCACCUUAAAAUCUUAAUGACACAAAUGAGCAGCACAAAGACCUGGAGUGUGCUUGCACCUAUGACAGUGCUGAAGACACACAGCUGUUUCUGCCUAAAGUGCUUUUAGCACACUGAGUUCUGGGUAUCUCAACUGUAUUUGAACUGAGCCUAUCGACUCUAAGCCACUGUCAGCUUCCUCUGACAUGAGAGAAACCCCAUUUUACUGGUCACUGUGCUGAGGUGUAGAUGUGUUUAGUCUCAUACGAAUUAAGCUUAAUAAGUAGGACUGCUGUGGUGCUAAGAUUAAAUAAAACUCACUGGUCUGGGUAUGUUUAAGCCAGUGGAAUGCUUGCUCUCUGUUCUGAAGAAGUAACAUUUUUGUUUCAGACGUAAAAUUACAACGAAAGGUCAUGUUGCAAAUAGAAGUUAAAAUGUGUGUAAUAUAUUAAAUAUAUGUAAUUGCCAUAUUUAUAAAUGUAAUUAUAUUCAUAUGGUAAUAGCAUAUAUGGUAAAAUGAUACAUUUUUGGCUUUACUGUCUGUAUUCAUGUAAUUGCCGUUGUUCUUUUUAACUUACGACGAAUACAGUAUCACAUGUAAUUUGCCUACGUUGGUUUGCCUGCACACUCAAAAUAAGAAGCUACUUUCUUAAUUAAUCAGGUGAAUUGACUUCAUAAUGAUGAAGGCAAAAAUAAUCUUUUGUGUUGAGAACUCAAACAGUAAUAGCACAUCUGAACACAAACAACAAUAUGAAACAUAUAACAGUGAAAACAAUUUGAUUUAUUGUUUAAUAAGUAAGGACCAUUUCCUGUUUUCUUUGCAGUUUGAGAUUUAUACCGUUGACAUUGAGACAGGCUACUGCUGGCAGUGCAAAUGCUGAAUCUUAAUAGACUGUCUGUCUGUGAGGUAUGACUAUAUUUAGCCAAUGUUUUGCUUGUUCUAAAAACGGAUUUAUGACUGGAUAAACUGGCUUUUUGGAGAGGAGAAAGAGUCUAAUUCUGCGGCUGCAAUACAGAAAAUAAAUGAAAACUGAAUGAAAGUGACUAAGUCUAUAAGCCAGAUGCCUCAACCAAGUGCAAAUUAUACUUAAAUUUUACUUUUCUGAUUAAUAAUGCUGGGAGCUGGCCUUACCUGCUUGGUGAUUAUUUAUAAAAAAUGCAUCCACCAGAACCCCAAAGCAUGAGACUUUUCAGGUAUAUAAGCGCAGUGUAAUAUUGGGCACACACCUGUGCAGUCUGGUAGCGUUCAGGUGUACGCAGUGACACCAUUCUGUGCAGUCUGGUAGCGUUCAGGUGUACGCAGUGACACCAUUCUGUGCAGUCUGGUAGCGUUCAGGUGUACGCAGUGACACCAUUCUGUGCAGGUGUGAGGGUCAUGAUUCCAGUCUGCAGCUUCUGCUGCUACAGCUUUCAUUUUAGUGUGACUGGAGGACUACAUCAUCUAAUUUAUUCUGGAGAUGAUGGUGGUUUGAGAAGGCUUUCCCUACUGUGUGCAUGCAGUCUGAUUCCGUCCGAUGGGGGAAAACUCCCAACUUCUUUACCAAAUAAUGGCAGCCUGGUUUUCCUGGGCCAUUCCCUCUUUUGUACGGUAUCUCCAGUGUCUCUUCACCUUUACCUGUAGUGGUGGUGUGUAUUCCUGAGCCUGGAGAGCCAAGGUCAUGGAAGCCAUUUUGAGAUCAAAUUCCCAUCCAAUCAAUGAACACCUACAUUUGAGUACCAAUUAGACUGGCAAAACCAAUGGCUUUCGCAAAGCUAUAGUGUUGACCUUUAGCAUGAUCUUCUUUUGCAUGAUACCACGGAAGUGUGUCUAUUUUUCAUUUAGAAUGCAUACACACUAAGAAUUUUAUAAAACACGUUAUUUUCCCAUCAAGAAACACCCACCAGUGCCUGAGUCAACAGCAUGGUACCCUCCAGUGUGUGGACCAAUCUAACCGGACCAAUAUAGAGUUAUAUGACCAUGGAGCGUACUCCCAAAUCCACUAUUUUUUAACGUGUUAAUGUAUUUGUGAAGUGACUGUCAAAUGAAUAUGUAUAAAUACAAAAACAGAAAUGGCCUUGCGGCUUUUGUUAAUGUCAGACAGGGCCACGGGAAUAUGAACACCAGGAAAUCACCAUGUACUCAUGUCCUCGGGUUCUGAGCAUUUUUCCCAGUGAAGAAUCUGCUAAAGUCCAUGUUUUCACUUGUUGAUUUUAAUUUGAACUGUUUCGGCUUGUAUCACGCAUGUCAGUUCUGAUUUUACAGGCAUAUCUUAAGGAGCCCAGAGAAGAUGAAGGGACUGGGCUUACAGACAGUCAGUUAAACACUGUCGGUUAUUUUGCCCAGAUUACUUCAUUUACCUUAACACAUUUGUGCAUUAUUAUGACAUUACAUUACAUUAAUAAAUCACCACGUCUUUAUUUGCACUGGUGUAAAAAUAAAUCAAUAUUUUAAGUAUGGACAUUGAUAAUUCCUGCUGAGAAUUCACUGCUCAUCCAAAACAAUCUGAAUAUGAAUAUGAACUGAAUAUGUUUUGCCAUAUGAGUAAAUGCUUUGUAUGCUGUUUACUGAGACUCUUAGCAGCAUGUCUUGUAAUGAAAAUUGUAUUAGCUUAUGUAAAUACUGAAUUUUCCUUGCACUCCAAAAUGUUAAAAAUGAGCCUGUUUUUUUAACCUUGCUGAGUUACCUUAGAUCCCUGAAAAUAUUACCAAUUUAUGUUAAACUACUGAAAUGUAAUUAGUAGUUAUUACACGUGUGAUUACUAAGUGGAGCUAUAUACAGAAUAUGGAUAUGUACUGUAUGUGUAAGUGCGUGUUCAAUUUGACCUCCAGAGAAACUAAUUUUCUCCCACAACUUGUUUUACCAAUUACCAGUACUAUGUGAGACAAGACAAAAAGUCUUUGUCAAAAUUGACAUUGUUUUCCAAAAAUCUGAUUUAAAAAAACAUGUUGCAUUAUGAAUUAUACAUUUGCCUUGAGUCAGAAUCUUAAGUGUAGUGGCGUGGCAUUAUGGUUGGCUUGCUUGAAACCAAAAUGCUUCAGAUUUAAUUUCUAGUGGGUAAUAAUGUGUUAGGUGUUAGCUGCACCUGGACAGAGUACAGCCAGGUAGUUUAGACUUGGCCUAAUGGAACCCGUUGUGUUUUACCGCUACACUUGUGGAGCACGUGUAAAAACGCGCACAUUCGCUAUUUACCGUAAACCGCUGCGUCAUACACACGCGGACGUAUUAUACAAUCACUUCUUAAUACCGAGAAUACAGUGUACACUGAUAUGGUAACAUCUUGCAACCCGUGAUGAUGUCACAGGAUCGUUAGCCCGCUCUAAUGAUUGAGCGCAACUGCUUCCGUGACGUUAUCCAGCCUGCUCCUGGUUUACAAGCUGCAGUAGGCUAUGCCGUUUGUAUGGCGUGCAAGGAAUUACUAUAUAUGGAACGGUUCAUAGAAUGAAUCAUGUUAAUAACGGAUCUUUGGGUUUCUCUCUAAUUAACUGAUUUAAAUGUGUAUUUGUAUUUAUAAGGGACUCAACUUCUUGAUUAAGAGAGUGAAAUGCAAUAUACCAGUUCACAAUUAACAGGAGAAUGGAAAUGAAGCAUCAUUUUCUCUAGAUUCUAAGCGUCUUCACAAGGAAAUGUGCACACGUUAUUUCGCACGUUCACGUGUGAUUUCACUCAGAAUGACUGUGCUUUGGUAAGCGAUUUACUGUGUCAUUCUACAAAUGACAGUGCAUGGAAUUAACUGUACGGCAAUAACAGGAAGAUAUUAUGUUUCAGUGUUUGAAACUGAGGAGUGUAACUGUUUUAUUUUCUUUUUUGUGGGGUGGGGGGGAGGGGGGGGGGCAGAGGGGGCAGAACCUAUGACCACAUUUUUCUUGUUUCACCAUAUUUAAUUGUUGCACCAGUUUCUCAGUAUUACUGGUACAUCUCUUGAAAAAUGGACCAAUAAUUGAGGGUAGGAUUUUGAAAAGUGACCAAGCUCAUCUACGAUAUCAGCGAUUGUUUUAGUGAGGGGAAGCACAACUCGAGUUUAGUACCGUUUGUUUGCAGAAGGUCUGGAGAUACAGAGUGAACUGGCAGAGCAUUCAGUUUAUCUGGUGAUAUUUCCAUAACCGUUUCCCUGCGUUUGGUUUCAAUUAAUGUGAGUAUUUUUGCCCUCAAUGAGGACUGUACAGCUUCUCCUGUGGUUUCCACCUUGUGUGUAGGGUUGUGCACCUAGCUUAUCUUAUUUUUGUACAGAACUGUUAAUAAUAUUUAACUAUUAUUAAUGGGUAAUGGCAGGAUUAUUGUGCUGCACACUGAUGUUGUCCUUGGUUUUUAUUUAUUUGUCGUUUUUUUCCUCUUUUUUCUGUGCUGGAUUACAAGAAAAUGUACUGCUUGAUGUGAGAAAAUAAAUCUAUGUUAUUUACUCAAAUAAACACCAAGACACAA